UUUCGGAUAUUUCGCCGUUGCCUUGUCUUCUGCCUGCCUCGCAACAAUGGCUCUCCCCCUCGUUCGCCUCCUCCUCCCCUCGCUCCCCGCGUGCCAGCCGCCGCUCCGCCACCCCGAGUACUCCGCCCCACCUCGCCACAGCCACAUCUCCUUUGCUGUCCCCGCUGCCGCCCGCUCCUCCGGCCACCGCUUGGCGUUCUCUGUCUGCGCUGCUAGCGCCUCGGUCGCCCCGGCGUCUGUGGAAACCGAGGCGGAUGCGGAGGAUGAGGAGCCCGUGGGGCCGAAGACGCGGCUUAUCGCGAUGAACAUCCCGUGGGAUGUCACGCCCGACGACAUUCGCGUCCUUUUCGAGAAGCAAGGCACCGUCGUCGACGUGGAGCUUUCGAUGCACAGUUCCAAAAAAAACAGAGGAUUGGCAUUUGUAACCAUGGGUUCAGAAGAGGAGGCUCUUUCAGCACUCAAGAAUCUCAAUUUGUCUACUUUGAACGAUAGAACGAUUAAGGUGGACUUUGCAAAACCUAAAAAGAAGCAACCUGCUGUGCCAUCAGCUCCUGUGGAGAAAAAUGUUGUGUUUGUGGGGAAUUUAACAUGGAGAGUGAGAUCCCGUCAUCUUCGGGAGUUAUUUGCCUCAACCCCAGGUGUCCAAUCAGUUGAAGUUAUCUUUCAUACCACCACACCAAGGCGAUCUGCUGGUUAUGGAUUUGUUUCCUUUUCCUCAAAAGAGGAGGCAGAGGCUGCUAUUUCUACCUUCAAUGGCAAGGAAUUGAUGGGACGAUCCAUUAACGUGAUGUUCAAAGAGGACACUCCCAAAAAGAACAAAUCUUCUGAUUCAGAGGAAGGGAAGUUGGAAGAGGCAGAAUCAUCUGAAGACAGUGAUAGCUAAGAAUCGAUUGUUGUGAGAACCACAGAAAGAAAUUCAAUGAGUUGAUCUGCAGGACUAUAAUGCUCUCUUCCAGGUUACCAAGCUCCUGGUUGAUUUCACUCGCGUCCCAUAACUCUUGAAUUGUCAAAUACUGUGUUCUGUAAGCCCCCCCUGAAAUGGAUGACAUUGGGAGUGUUAGCUUGAUGCUAGAGUACAUGAAAUCUGUGAGCUGUUGAAAUCUGAGUUAAUUUAUUGUAGAAUAUAAGUGUUAAUGAUUAAUUUGAGAGCAACCUGCUGACGAAUUUGACUAUUUUUUUCUUCUGUAAUGAAAGUUAUUGUAAUA